UUUAUAACCUCAUUAAAAUAUUUGGUUAUUGUUCAACAACCUUUGUAGUAAUAUUGUAUAAAUACUUAACACAUUUCAACAUUUUUUUUCAUCACCAUCUUCUUCUCAUUAACAUUACAAAAUUAAAGUUUUCUAAGAGGAGAAGAAUGGCUUAUCAAAUGAUAAGCUUCCGUAGUCAAACAUGUUUGUUAAUAUUUCUUUUUGGUUUUGUUGGCUUGAUCUCUUUUCCAGUUGAAGCAGCACUAAAGAAAUACCAAUUUGAUGUUCAAAUGAAGAAUGUGAGUAGACUAUGCCAUGCAAAACCAAUUGUAACAGUAAAUGGAAGAUUUCCAGGGCCAACAAUUUAUGUUAGAGAAGGAGAUAGAGUACAAAUCAAUGUCACCAACCAUGUAAAAUACAACAUCUCAAUUCAUUGGCAUGGACUAAAACAGUAUCGUAAUGGUUGGGCUGAUGGGCCAGCUUAUAUAACUCAAUGUCCUAUCCAAACUGGUGGAAGCUACACUUAUGAUUUCAAUGUGACUGGACAAAGAGGAACUUUAUGGUGGCAUGCACAUAUUCUUUGGUUGAGGGCUACUGUUUAUGGUGCCAUUGUUAUCAUGCCUAAACAAGGGACCCCUUUUCCUUUUCCACAACCAGCUAGAGAAUUUGAAAUUGUGUUAGGAGAAUGGUGGCACAAAGAUGUUGAAGAGAUAGAAAAUCAAGGGAACCAAAUGGGUUUGCCGCCAAAUAUGUCGGAUGCACAUACAAUCAAUGGAAAGCCGGGACCACUUUUUCCUUGUUCAGAGAAACAUACAUAUGCAAUGGAGGUUGAGAAAGGAAAGACAUAUCUACUAAGAAUCAUCAAUGCAGCUCUCAAUGAUGAACUAUUUUUUUCCAUAGCUGGUCACAACAUGACAGUAGUUGAAGUUGAUGCAGUUUACACAAAACCAUUCAUAACACAAUCAAUUCUAAUUGGUCCUGGUCAAACCACAAAUGUUCUAGUCAAAGCAAACAAAAUUGCAAGUAGAUAUUUCAUUGCUACAAGAACUUUCAUGGAUGCACCACUCUCAGUUGAUAACAAAACUGCAACAGCUAUAUUUCAAUACAAAGGAGUUUCAAACACUAUAAUUCCUUCAUUACCUACAACACUUCCUAAUGCAAAUGACACAAACUUUGCUUUAAAUUAUGGCAAAAAAAUUAGAAGCUUAAACUCUGCUAAAUACCCUGCUAAUGUUCCUCUUAAAGUUGAUAGAAACCUUUUUUACACUAUUGGUUUAGGCAUGAAUUCUUGUCCUACAUGCAUCAACGGAACGCGUUUAGUUGCAUCACUUAAUAAUGUUACUUUUGUGAUGCCAAAAACCGCGCUUCUUCAAGCUCAUCACUUUGAUAUCAAGGGUGUUUUUAGAACUGAUUUUCCUGAUAAGCCUUUGGCUCCUUUUAACUAUACCGGUGCACCUUUAACGGCGAAUCUUGGUACUGUAACAGGGACAAGAGUUAGCAAGAUUGCGUUUAAUUCUACUGUUGAGUUGGUUUUGCAGGAUACUAAUCUUCUUACUGUUGAAUCACAUCCUUUUCAUCUUCAUGGUUAUAACUUUUUUGUUGUUGGAACUGGUAUUGGUAAUUUUAAUCCUGCUAAAGAUCCUGCUAAAUAUAACUUGGUUGAUCCUAUGGAGAGGAACACCGUCGGUGUUCCCACCGGUGGUUGGACCGCAAUUCGAUUCAGGGCUGAUAAUCCAGGUGUUUGGUUCAUGCAUUGUCAUUUGGAAUUGCACACUGGUUGGGGAUUGAAAACUGCUUUUGUUGUGGAAGAUGGGCCAGGACAAGAUCAAUCUGUUUUGCCACCACCUAAAGACCUUCCAAAAUGCUAGGACCCAUGAAAGAAAUUAUCAAACAGUUCUUCAGAUUGUGUGGAACAGUACUAUUCAAUGUGUAAUAAUUGACUUUUGUUAUCUGCUAAUGUUGUUGCCUGCAAAAAUUGCAGUUAUUUUUUAAUUUCAAGAUUGAAUGUGAGAAACAAUGAAUGCAAAGAUUUGGACAAUGUAUAAAAUUGUUAAUUGAUUUCUUGUUA